AUGAGUGCACAGAACUCAGCAGCGCAAGGGGUCCAGGCCCAGCAGCCAGCAGGCGCUAGAAUAUCGCCCAAAGUCCUGCUUAUCGCUAUGUUCUACGAAGAAUCAAGGAAUUGGCUUUCUCCUGAUAGUGCUCUUCAGUUCUCUCGUAAAGUGCGCGUUCCGGGCUUGGCUAGGGGCUACGAAGAUAUCCAUGUCACAGAGAAUGGCGAAGUCGCGCUUUUGGUAGUCGGAACUGCCCUUAUCAACGCAUCUUUAUCGAUCAGUGCUCUCCUGACAUCGCCGCUCUUCGACCUCACAAAGUCAUACUUUGUCCUGACUGGUAUUGCAGGCGUUAAUCCCAAGCGAGCUACUAUUGGAUCGGUCGCCUUUGCCAAAUUCGCCAUUCAGGUUGACACGCAGCUUGAGUUUGAUGCGAGAGAAGUCCCCGAGGAAUGGGGGUCAGGGUUUGUUCCUAUGGGAGCAGACAGGCCUGACCAGUUUCCCGGUAUCGUGCAUGGCUCUGAAGUAUUCGAGCUUAAUGCAAACUUGAGAGACUAUGCUCUUUCCGUAGCCAAGACUGUUGAGCUUACAGACUCACCAAAGGCUGCUGAGCAUCGGGCUUUAUGGAAGAACUCUCCUGGUGGUGUUUUUGACGCAGCGGCACAGGACCCAACUGUUCUUAAGGGAGAUGUUCUGUCUUCCAAUACCUUCUGGCAUGGUCAUAGAAUCUCCGAGGCUAUGGAGAAAGUUGCAAAGGUCUAUACUUCAGGACAAGGAGAGUACACAAUGACAGCCCAGGAGGAUAAUGCCCUCCUGGCUGGUCUCUUGAACGCAGCACUUCAAGAGAAGGUUGACUUUUCCCGAAUUCUCCUGAUUCGAUCUGCUUCAAACUUCGACAGAGGACAUGAGGAUAAGCCCCAUCAACUUCCUUUUGUUAUGGACAAAGGUGGUUUGGGGCCAUCUACUCGCAACCUCUAUCUUACCGCUCUGAAGGUAAUCGAGGGGAUCUUGGAGGAGUGGUCCACCAGAUUCGAGACUGGGAUCCCUGCUCAGAAUUAUAUCGGUGAUAUUUUUGGCUCACUUGGUGGCACACCUGGUUUUGGUGACAAGCAAAAUGUUGAGCAAAUAAGAUCCCACUAA